AUGCAAAGUUCUAUUCAAGAUUUGACAAAUUCUUUUGCUUUUACUCAAGAUUGGUUUUCGUUAAAAGUUGAGGAAUUUCCUGACGGCCUAAUAUGUAAAAAGAGUUCUCAAAAACCUUCUUUAUCCCUCAACAUAGGAUCUUUAGAAAAAUUAUCGAAUCCACAUAAACUUCCACUUGUUCCCGCAACUACACAUCCCCUUAAUCAUCAGAUUACAUUGUCACCUAUAACACCUACAUUCUUUAGAAAAUUUAACAGUAACAUUUUACAUAUUACAAACCGAAAAAAUGAUAGUGAACAGAUUCAAUCCGUUCAAACACAAGAUAAAGAUAUAGAUUUAACAAAAUGCUAUAGCCCAUUAGAUCUAAGUAUAACUGAGGUAAUGUGUAGAGAAAAAGAUCGAAAAGAACCCGAAAAGAAAAAAGUUAUUGUGCAUAUGAUCAAACCUUUUGAUACUUUAGCUGGUAUUGCCCUGUCUUAUGGAAUAGAGAUAUCGAUUCUUAAAAGGGUAAACAAAUUGUGGACUAACGAUUCAAUUCACAUGUACAAAUAUUUAUAUAUUCCUUUGGAUGAUUGUACAAUAGUUACAGACAAGGCAGAUAUUAUUCCAUUUGUCCCUUUAUUUAAUGGAUUAGGCACUUGCGGCUAG